AUGUCUGACAGACAGAAGGGGCUUGGAAUUGCAGUUGAGGCUGUGUUGUCACACGCUGAGCAUCGCUUUUGUGUUCGGCACCUACAUGCGAACCUCAAAGCGAAAGGCUACACAAGGAAAGCUAUAAAGGAUGAGUUGUGGGGGGCUGCACGUGCAGCCAAUGUUUAUGCGUUUGACCAUCACAUGCGGAAUAUAAUGUCAAUGGAGAAAGGUGCACACGAUUACCUUAGUGGUGUACCUAAGGCAUCAUGGUCCAGACAUGCUUUCAACUGCAAAACCAAAAGUGAUAUGUUAUUAAACAACUUGGCUGAGAGCUUUAACGCGUGGAUUAAGGAAGCUAGGAUUAAGCCUAUACUGACUAUGCUUGAAGAAAUUCGUCUGCAAAUAAUGGCACGCUUCCAGCAGAAAAGGAAUGGAAUCCGGUCGACGCACUACACAAUAUGCCCAAAGAUCCAGAAAAAAUUGGAGAGGUCAAAAAUUGAUGCAAGGAAUUGUAUUAGUCGGUGGCAGAAUGAGUUGGAGUUUGAGAUCGAGGACAUAUACGAGCCACGGCGUUUAGUCCGGUUAGAUCAUCGCACAUGCACAUGUGGAAGAUGGCAGAUGGACAAGUAUAUGCAAGGAUAUGCAGCUCGAGUUUAUGGCAUGGAAGGUCCACAGACAUGGCCAGCUGAUGAUCCAUGCGAUGAAAUCCAGCCACCUAUCAUUAGAAGGGCUCCUGGUCGACCAAAGAUUAGUAGGCGAAAAGCUGUAGAUGAGCCGACUAACCCCUACAAGCUAACCCGUAGUGGAUAUAUCGUUAAAUGUGAAAAUUGUGGGGGUUUAGGGCAUAAUUAUAAAGGUUGUCAUUUACCUUUGAACCCGGACCGGAAGAGGUGGAAACCGAAGAAAUAUAAGCCGAAAAAAGAUGCUGCUCAAGCACAGGGAUCACAAGCUCAACCCCCACCAGAAGCAGAAGCCCACGGGUCAUCACAGCGAAGUGCGGAAGCAACAGCGGAAUCAUCACAUCGUGGUAGUACACGUAGGGCUACACGUGUACUAAGAAGCCGAGGAAGUGGUGCUACGUAA